UUAAACCAGCAAGUUACAAAGACUGGACAGGGCAAGAGUGGGAAAGAAGCAGGAUGAAUGAAGUAAAGCUGGCCGUCCUGGGUAGGAAAGGAACAGGGAAAUCCGCCCUGACAGUAAGAUUCCUUACCAAGAGAUUCAUCGGGGAAUAUGCCUCUAAUUUUGAAUCUAUCUACAGGAAGCAUUUGUGUUUGGAAGGGAAGCAAUUAAAUUUGGAAAUCUAUGACCCUUGCUCUCAACCCCACAAAGCAACAUUUGCCCUGACCCACGAACUCCACUGGGCAGAUGGCUUUGUCGUGGUCUAUGACAUUAGUGACAGGUCUUCGUUUGCUUUUGCCAAAGCCCUGGUCUGCAGCCUUCGAGAGCCAGCCAAUACCCAUUGCAAAAGAGCCAUGGAAGCAGUGGUGUUCCUGGUGGGUAACAAGCAGGACUUGUGCCACAUCCGAGAGGUGGGCUGGGAUGAAGGCCAGAGGCUGGCCUGUGAGUACCGGUGCCAGUUCUGCGAGCUGUCUGCAGCAGAGCAGAGCCUGGAGAUUGAGAUGGUGUUCCUCAGAGCCAUCAAGGACAUCCUGGCCAACUUCAAACUCAAAGAGAAGAGGAGACCCAGUGGGUCGAGGUCUAUGGCCAAACUGAUCCAUAAUGUGUUUGGAAAGAGAAGGAAAUCUGUUUAGUUGACUUGCAAUCAGAGUGGAUGUGUUGUAAUAGCAAGUUGCAAACACUCACAUGUUUACUAAGCUCACCCUGUGCAUGCACUUUUUUUUUGGUUAUAUUUUAUGCAGGACCUGGGGCUUGAACUCAUGG